AUGCUGAUUGAAUCGGAAAUACGAGAGAAAGCCUAUCGACUGGUGACAGUUUCGGCGGUAACAUUUUCAUUUGUGGCAAUUUUGGCCAUUUUUAUUACUCUACCAAUGGUUAACAAUUAUGUCAAUUCGAUACACAUGCGAGUACAGUCAGAGAUGGAAUUUUGUAAGUUAUCAGCUCGCGAUGUGAUGAUGGAAGUGAAUGAGUAUCGGGCAGGACCUCGAGACACAACACCGGCGUUUCAAAAAUUAGAUAAUGAAACUCUCGUUGCUGGUCGCUCCAAGAGACAAAGCAGUUAUUGUGAAGGCUGCUGCUUACCAGGACUUCCCGGUCCAGAUGGCCCUCCAGGCAAAAAUGGUGUUCCUGGACGUCCAGGUGCACCUGGAGCGCAAGGAUUCCCUGGAAGACCACCAACAAUUUGUGAACAAGCUGUCGAACCACCAUGCUCGCCGUGCCCUCCAGGAGAACCAGGACCACCAGGACCCCCAGGAGACCAAGGAAAUGCUGGUCCACCCGGAUAUCCGGGUCGAAAUGGUAAUGAUGGACCACCGGGGCCACAAGGUCCUCCAGGACCACCUGGACCAGCAGGAGAGCCAGGGCAUGAAGGUCCACGAGGAGAGCCAGGAAGACCAGCUAUAACUUCACCAGCAACACCCGGUGACCCAGGUGCACCCGGUGAACCCGGACCACAAGGACUGCCUGGUGAUCAGGGUCCAGCAGGACGUCCAGGAUCGGAGGGCCCACCAGGAAUGCAAGGACCACCAGGGCCACCCGGCCAGCCAGGUCAACAGGGUGAAGAUGGACGACAAGGACCACCAGGACAUCCCGGUCCACAAGGCGAACGAGGUAUUUGCCCAAAGUACUGUGCUUUGGAUGGUGGCGUCUUCUUUGAAGAUGGUACAAGACGUUAA